AUGGAGGUAGCGAAAAAGCUCAAAUUAUAAUCUCAGAGGUUUCAUGAGAAGGAAAUGAAUUGGAAGGUGUAAGAGUAGAUUGAGGAGAUUAAGCUGAAGGAUCGAGGUCAUCUGAGGUUGAAGGAGUGGACGAAAAGAAAUCAUUAUGAAAAGAGCAUGAAGGAUUUAAGGAAAUAAUAUGAAAAGUAUUUUACAAUCAAGAGGGUUGAUGGAAGAUCACUCACAUGUGAGUAAUUUGUGAAUUAAUUUGAGAUUCCUGAUAUUCCGUGUAUAAUUGCGAACACAGUUGACGAUUGGAAUGUUGAGAAAUAUUGGACAUUUGAGAAGUUGUAUCAAUUAUAUAAGGAAACCUCGUUCAAGGUGGGUGAGGAUGAUAAAGGCAAGAAGUUGAGAAUGCCAUUCAAGAAUUUCCUUGAUUACCUCGUUUAUAAUAAAGACGAUUCUCCGCUUUACUUGUUUGAGAGUUCAUUGGAGGACAUGAAAGAUGGUGGAGCUGACAUAAUAGGUCGAUUCAAAGUACACAAGUAUUUUUCAGAAGAUCUUCUAGCACUGGUAGGAGAAAAGCAUCGUCCUCCCUAUCGAUGGUUCUUAGUAGGGUAUCCAUAGCGAUCAGGUACAACAGUGCAUAUUGAUCCUUUGAUGACAAGUGCAUGGAAUACAUCAUUGCAAGGCCAUAAGCUUUGGGUUCUUUUUCCUCCUGAUAUUCCUAAAUGCGUAGUGAAAGCCAAAGGAUUGGCAGCCAAAAGAUUGAUAGAUCCUGUGGAUUUAGACGAAUCGAUCGAUUACUUUAUGCAUGCAUUGCCUAAGUUGAUAGAGUAGGAAGGAGCAGAUAAUUUAAAAAUUAUUAUGGGUAUAUAAGGUCCUGGGGAUACUAUAUUUGUGCCUGGUGGAUGGUGGCAUGCUGUCUUGAAUCUAGAUAACACUAUAGCUAUAACUCAAAAUUUUAUGUCAAGUAACAAUUUUGAUAAAACCUGGAGAUCGGUGAGAGAUGAGAGACCCAAGUUUAGUAAGCGUUUAUUGCAGGUGUUCUAGGAAUAGAGGUCUGAUUUGUAUGAAAGAGCACUUAAAUUAGAUGAAAUCGAUAAGAACCAAUUAAGAGUGCUGAGACUAGCCAAUCCAUUGAGUUCCGAUGAAUCCACUGGUAGUUCAUCAUCUAGUAGUUCAAGUAGCUCAUCUAGCAGUUCCAGUUCCGAUGAAGAUAAUUGA